AUGCGCGAGAACGCAAUCACGGCAGACUACGUGUCCGCGGCGCUGCGGAAGGCGGGGGCGGUAACGCUUGACUGUUCGGAGCCGUCGUUGAAGCGCCUGACUCACGUCCAGCACAUCUGCAGGGCCAAGAGAAAACACGUGAAGGGACUAGUGAAAAAGAAGAAAAAGUGUAUUUGGGACGAAGUAGUGCAGAAGGCCAACGGAGGCCUGGAGGGAAACGUCAAGCAGAUGUGGGAAGGGAUUAGUGGAAUGGUAAAAAAGACCGCGCAAGGGGGGGAUACAGGGGUCGCAACUUUGCGAGGUGUGAACGGUGGAUUAGUCAGCAGUGGGAAGGGAAAAAGGGAAGUUCUAGCAGGACACUACAAGAGACUUGGAGUGCCCUCGGAGAAUGAAGCUUUUGACCAAGUGUUUAAGAAGGAGGUGGACGCAUGGGCCCAAAAAGAAGAAGAGACAUCGAAGGCAGACGUUGGGAACGUAGAACUAGAAAAGGAGUUCACUGAGGACGAGGUUGAGGCGUGUGUGAACAAGCUGAAGUGCCACAAAGCAGCAGGAGCGGAUGGGAUAGUCAACGAGUUCAUGAAGUUUGCGGGGAAGGGGAUCAUCCAGCUGAUGGUACUGCUGUACAAUUGGGUAUGGAAAAACGAGUAUGCGCCGAGUAGAUGGAGGGAAGGAGUGGUUGGAGAAAAAGUAGGGGACACGGAUCCUUCGGUGUCAGGAAUGCUGUUUGCGGAUGAUUUUGUCGGUAUGUCGAACACCCCUGAGGGACUGCAACUGCAAAUUGACGCGGCGAAGAAGUUUACUGAUAAGUGGAGAUUGUCUGCCAACGUUAAGAAGAGUGCCGUCAUGGUAUGCAACGAGAACAAGGAGGAACCAGUAGAACAUAGAUGGAAGUGGGGGAUCGACGAGAUUGCAGUAGUGGACCAGUACACAUACCUCGGAGUAGAGAUCGCAAAAGACUGCUCGUGGAAUGCACACAUGUCCAAGGUAGCGGAAAAGGGCAAAGCACGAGCAGGGAAGCUGCACCCAAUACUCGCAAACCGGCACCUCGAUACACGCAUCAAAUUGACGGUUUUGAAGAGCGUAAUCGUACCGCCGCUAGAGUACGCCGGAGAAAUGAAAGCAGCGAAAAUCAUCCUAGAAUGCUCCAAGCGCACAAGUAAUGCAGCCGUCAGGGCAGAAUUGGGGAUCCAAUCCCCACGGUCGGAAAGAGACGCGAGGAAGCUGACCUGGCAGUAUCGCAUGUGCGGGAUGGGAGAGGAGAGGUUGCCGAGAAUAGUUUGGGAGGCGAAGUGGACAGACAAAAAGAGGGGUAGACAACCCACGGAAUGGGUCAAGGUUGCAGAGGACGUAUGGAAGGGGCUCGACAUCGACGAAGACGAAGCGCUGGACACAGAAAGGCGCAUCACGGCAACGUUGCCCCCCGGCACCGACAACGACUGCAGCGACGGGGGGGUCCGCAGAGACGACGCAGAAGGGGGGGGGAAGGGGGGAGGGGCAGGGGGCGCCGGGCGGUCGCUCCUCCGGGAGAUGCACCCUACGCCGGCGGUGUGUGGGACGCCUCGCGACGUGACGUACUCCGUGAUCGGGGAAGUUGAAGGCUUCGACAGGGGUUUCUACGCCGGUCCGGUGGGAUACAUCUCCGCCGGGGCUAGCGAAUUCGGCGUGGCCAUCCGCAGCGCUCUGGUCACAGAUUCAUGGAGCUCUCCCGAGGGGUUUUCACGGCGAGGGGGCGGUCUGUGCUCCGCCGGGGGCCCCGCGGGAAGGGGCGCGGGGGGCGGGUCUGAGAUGACGCUGUUUGCUGGCGCUGGGAUCGUGCCCGGGUCGGUUGCUCUUUCGGAGUGGGCGGAGACUGGGGUUAAGAUGAAGAAUUUUCUGUCGCUGUUCCCCGCGCGGCCGGCGAGGGGGCUCCGUGAAAUGCCCAACGUUAACUCCCUCUGGGGCGCCCUCGUGGUGGAGGAGCUGGUGCGGCUGGGGGUUCGACACUUCUGCGUGUGUCCUGGGUCUCGCUCUGCUCCCCUGGCCGUGGCGAUUGCCAGGCAUCCAUCAGCGGUUUCGAUAUCUCACCACGAUGAACGCGGAGCUGGUUUCUACGCUGUAGGCUUUGCUCGUGCGGGGCCGGGGAGGGGGGGCAGGGCGCACUCGUCCUCCACAUCUGACAACGCCGGCGGCGGUGGCGGUGGCGGUGUGGGUACUGGUGCGCUGGGGAUAUGCGCCGUUGUGACCAGUUCCGGCACUGCGGUGGCGAACCUGUUGCCCGCCGCGGCGGAGGCGGACGCGGCGGGAUUGUCGAUGUUGCUGCUCACGGCGGACAGGCCGCCGGAGCUGCGGGGGUGCGGCAGCAACCAGACCAUUGAUCAGGCGAGAUGCUGCAUGUGUGUUAACCUUCUUGGCUCGCGCGCGAGACUGUCCAUGGACGUGCAGUGCCCCACGGACGAAGUCAGCGCGGCUUGCCUGCUCUCCGACAUCGACCACGCCGUGUCGAGAGCGCUGGGAGGUGGGGGGGUCCCCGGGCCGGUGCACCUGAACUUCAUGUUCCGGGAGAACUUGGCUCCUGUGGAAGGGGCAGUCAGGGACGCGGGUGUGCCAGGGCUGUCAUCUGCUUGGUCGGACCGAUGCCUGGAGUCGCCAAGAAUGGCACGCUGGGAAGCCGGCAUCGAACCGUUCACCACAACCGCCGGUGGAGGAGGCGGUUCAGGAAGCAAAGGGGAGGGGCUGCAGCAGGUUUAUGCGGACGUGACGUCGGGGCUGAGGUGCUGGAGUGCGGAGAUGGGCUUGGGCGUUGGUCGCCUCGACCAGCUACUCCAGGACGAUGCUGUCAAGGAAGCCAUCGCACCGGACGCUGUGUUGCAGGUGGGAUCGCCGCUGAUAUCGAAGCGCGUCCAGAAGUUCAUCUCCGAGCCUGCCGCCACCCUCACCGCCCCCGUGAGUGUCAUCUGCAGCCCUCUCGCCGCUUGGCACGACCCCGGCAGGGGGUUCACCACCAGGCUGGCGUGUUCCACGAGGGAUCUCGCGGCGGCGGUAGACGCAGGUAAAGGAGUAUCCUCCUCGGGCGGCGCGAUCGGCGGGAGCGAGCUGCUUGCCCUGGUGGAUGUGUCCAACGCGGUAGAGAGGGCGCAGACCAGAGCGAUAGCCUGCGCCGCCGUCGCCGGUCCUGUCGGAGAUGAGGCAGGGUCGUCUUCGCUGUCACGACCACCGUCAUCGCCGCCGCGUGUGGCGAAGCGCGUGGCUGCAGAUGGCCGAGAGGGCUCCGAAGGCCGUGGCUGCUACGAUGGUGUCAACGACACCAGCGAGGGAGGAAGGGGACCGCCAGCUCAACAGCAACAGCAGCAACCCCUGACGGAGCCCUUCGUGGCCUGGUGCGUGUCCCGCCACAUCGACCCCGCCGCGGGGCUGUUCCUGUCGGCGAGCAUGCCGUGCCGAGACGUGGAAGUCUUCGCGGACAGCGGGCUGGGCGAUCUCGAUGGCAGGGGGGAAGAGGACAGGGGAAGCGGCGGGAGGAGGCUGAGCGACGUGGCGUCCAACCGCGGCGCUAGCGGGAUCGAUGGGGUGUCUAGCUCAGCGAUGGGGUGCGUGCCUUAUGCGCGAAACACGCGCAGGCCGAUGGCCUUGCCCGGUUUUUGGCAUGUGUUGUUACUCAGGUACGCGGCCGGUCUGCGGUCUGCCGCGACCCUGCUGAUCGGGGACAUGGCGACACUGCACGACCUUGGCUCGUUGCACGCGCUCAAGGGGCUGGACGCGGCUGGGUCUUGUCCGGUGACGAUGGUCUGCGUCAACAACGGUGGCGAGUUGAACAGAGGGUUGUUUGAUGAUGAUAGCGGAGGGAUAUUCUCGUUUCUGCCGAUCGCAGACGCUCGGCACGGGGACGCGUUUUCGCCUCUGUUCGACACCCCUCACUCGGUGGAUUUCGAGGGCGUGUGCCUCUCGAUGGGGCUGGAGUACCGGAGGGCCACCACGGCGAGGGAGUUCCGGUCGGCGUACCUGGAGUCGCAAGGUGGGAGGAGGUGGCGGUGGCAGACGGGGAGGUGUUGUUGCUUCCAGCGGAGCAGGAGAGAGAGGGAGACACCGCUUGGCGCCCGUUGUAUGGCGCGCGAAGCGGGCUUGCCCUUACCCUCCCUGGUUUGGUCUCGGUUCACUGUCUAG